AUGGAUGUCGAGGACGCCAGCUCGCCCGUCGUCCACGACGAGCGUCGUGCCCAGCAGGUCGACAAUGCCAUCCGGGCCAUUCAACAGAAGAAGCCGCUUCCCGAAAUCGACUUCACCAUCCAUACCAUGGAGGACGGGACUCAGGUCAGCACCAUGGAGCGAGUCUGCAAAGAUGUGCAAGCGCCAGCCAUGUACAAGCCCAGCGAUGAACAGUUCUGGGAGGACGAGAGUCGCACCAAGCCCAACAUUCAAUUCCUCAAGCAGCACUUUUACCGAGAGGGUCGCCUGACCGAGGAACAAGCGCUAUGGAUCAUCAAGACGGGCACCGAGCUCCUUCGCGCUGAGCCCAACCUGCUCGAGAUGGACGCCCCGAUCACAGUGUGCGGCGACGUCCAUGGCCAGUACUACGAUCUUAUGAAACUGUUCGAAGUCGGCGGCGACCCGGCAGAGACGAGGUACCUCUUCUUAGGCGACUACGUUGAUCGGGGCUAUUUCAGCAUAGAGUGCGUCCUGUACUUGUGGUCGCUCAAGAUUCACUACCCCAAGACGCUCUGGCUGCUGCGUGGCAACCACGAGUGCCGCCACUUGACCGACUAUUUUACUUUCAAACUCGAAUGCAAGCACAAGUAUUCCGAGGCUGUCUACGAAGCGUGUAUGGAGUCGUUCUGUUGCCUGCCGCUGGCGGCGGUUAUGAACAAGCAGUUCCUCUGCAUCCACGGUGGUCUCAGCCCAGAGCUCCACACUCUGGACGACCUGAGAAAUAUUGACCGCUUCCGCGAACCCCCUACCCAGGGGCUAAUGUGUGAUAUCCUGUGGGCCGACCCCCUGGAAGACUUUGGCCAGGAGAAGACAACGGACUACUUCCUGCACAACCAUGUGCGCGGGUGUUCGUACUUUUUCUCGUACCCGGCAGCCUGCCACUUCCUCGAGAAGAACAACUUGCUGUCCAUCAUCCGGGCCCACGAAGCGCAAGAUGCAGGGUACCGCAUGUACCGUAAGACGCGUACUACCGGUUUCCCCAGCGUCAUGACCAUAUUCUCGGCGCCCAACUACCUGGACGUCUACAACAACAAGGCAGCCGUGCUCAAGUACGAGAACAAUGUCAUGAACAUCCGGCAGUUCAACUGCACCCCGCACCCGUACUGGCUUCCCAAUUUUAUGGACGUCUUCACAUGGUCGCUGCCCUUUGUGGGCGAGAAGAUCACCGACAUGCUCAUCGCCAUCCUCAGCACGUGCUCCGAGGAGGAGUUGCGCGAGGACUCGGCCACGACCUCGCCGGGUCCCGUCUCGCCGCCUCUGCCGUCGGGCUCGAGUAUCGGCAGCCAGGAUCCCGAUUCGAUCGAGUACAAGAGGCGGGCGAUCAAGAACAAGAUCCUCGCCAUUGGGCGCCUCUCGCGCGUGUUCCAGGUGCUCCGCGAGGAGUCGGAGCGCGUGACGGAACUCAAGACAGUGUCGGGUGGCCGCUUGCCCGCCGGCACCCUGAUGCUCGGCGCCGAGGGCAUCAAGAACGCCAUCAGCAGCUUCGAGGACGCCCGCAAGGUCGACCUGCAAAACGAGCGCCUGCCCCCAAGCCACGAGGAGGUGCAGAAGCAGCACGACGCCGAGCGCGCCCAGGCCCUGGAGCGGGCCGCCCGCGAGGCCGAAAACGAUAAGAAGCUUCAGUCGCUGUCUAGGAGGUUGAGCACGUGA